CUGUAACUCAAGCCACAGGCAGAAGACAUUAAGACUGAUACACCUUGGUUUUUCAACAGCACGGAUCAAGCAGUGUGAUCUCAGCAAGGCAAAGGCAAAGUUAACGCAACGCAGCUCAAUUUCUAUUCUUCCUGCCUGCCUAUUCUGUCAGUGACUGAGCACCGCUGGAGAACAAUGUCUGUCCCGAACCGCAAUCCCCAGCAAAAUGUCGGAUCUAAUCUAGUGAAUGUUGAGGUGAUGCGGAACCACUCAGAGCUCUUCAGAGCAGAAUGUAUGCGGCUGAUCCUAGAAACUAAUAAAGCAUGUGAACGCAUGCACGAUGAUGACAACAAGCGACUAGAUCAGCGGGUCAGAGACAUCCACUUCCUGAAGAAGGAGUUGGAGCGGAAUUUGGAGGAGAUUACUGUGGAAACUGAUGUCCUCAUAGCGUUGCAGAGCAGAGUGUUGAAGGCCGUGGAGGCCUGCAAAGAGUCUCUGAGAGUCACUGUUCUCUGUCUGGAGGAGAGAAUGAAACGUCUUCCUUCAGAGAAGCUGCACGAUGAGGUGGAUGGAGAGCUGCUGAAGGAGAGGGAGGUUAUGGAGGGUGUGGCUUCCCUUCUGCAGUCUGUAGUAGAGCAGAUCACUGAGCAGAUGCGACUGAACCGAUCUGCCAAGUACCGUUUAGAGCAGGAUCUGAAGGAAAAAUAUGAGGCUCACUGCAUUGACAACUCCUGCAUCUUAAUGACCACCCAUUCCAUCAAAAACCAGCAGAAGUCCAAAAAUACCAACACUGAUUUGCCAAGCUUGGCAGUGACUCAAAAGCAGUGGGAAAACAUCUCAGACAUUAACAUAGCCAAAGGGGAGCAGCAGAAAACCAACUCUCUGUCCCUACGGGCCCUAGUGGAGUCUCUCCUGGAGCAGACGGCUGCUGACAUGCAGAAGCAGGUCCAGGCCACAACAGCGGCCUUUCAGCGGAACGUCCAGGAAAUCAAGUCUGCCAAAAGCCAGAUGGAGGAUCAACUGAGCAAGAUUCUGUCUGAGUUUGCCAGCCAGCAGAGGAUCAGGGAGGAUCUCCAAGUGGCCAUCACAGAGAAUGAACAUUUCCUGAGUUUGGCCCAGGCCCGGUUGGCUUUGCGCCGCCAGAGGCCUGGCAAAGAGCAAUGCCAAGAUCCAGCACAGUCCCAGCUCCUUGUCGAGGUCCAGCAGCUCACCACUCACAUCAACAAACUGCAUGAGGCGGUGGCCCAGUCAGAAGAGGAGCAGAGGGCUCUUGUUCGCUGCCAGCUCAGGCUGCAGGAAAACAUCGAGAUAAAGGCCAGCUCUCUCUACAUUGAUGAGGUCAUCUGCGCCCAGCACAGGGAGCUCAUUAUCAUACAUAACUUCUGAGCCGUCAGCAACAGGAAAGGUCUACAU